CACACCCACAACUUCAACUUCCUUUUCGAAACCCCAACCGACACCCACCCAGUUUACCUACAGUCAGAACAAUAUUUCAAUCUUCUGAAACCAAAUGGCUGUCAAUCAAUUGAAUGAUGUCCGGGAGCAGUUUGUCAGCCUGGUGACAGAGGCUAAUAUCAAGGCUCUACUAGACAGACUUCAGCAUCCACAUGAAGGCAGAAGAUUUAUCAACAAGUUCGAGGCAGAAGAGGUGAUACAAAAAAAACCUGAGAGGGCCGACAAGGCACGUUCUCUUAUUGAUAUGGUGAUUAGUAAAGGUGAUGCUGCUUGCAAGAUGAUGUUAACCACAUGGCAUAAUCUAGACCCCUCCAGCCAGAUAUUGAACACACCGGCACAUGUCCUCACAAGCCAAAGGGCACUAGGAUCCUCCUCAUGGAUGCCUCCAUCUCAAGGUUCUCCUCCAGCAUCGUCUCGUGUCAUGGGUGCUGAAAGAACGGCAAAUGAAAUAAACUCUACAGUGAUUAAUUAUAACUACACUAUGCCUAUUCACCAAGCCCAACCAAACCUGAAGAGGAAGGCUGAAAGCAUUGGAAUUGGGACAGUUGGAAGCACUGUAAAUAACGCCAAGAAGCCCAAAAUUGAGGACCACCUUGAGAAAAACAUGAAGACCGCACCCAAGGCACCUGUACCCAAGAAGCCUGCUGCAGCGAAGAAGCCUAAAGUCAAGAAGCCUGCUGCAGCUAAGAAGCCUAAAGUCAAGAAGCCUGCUGCAGCUAAGAAGCCUAAAGUCAAGAAGCCUGCUGCAGCUAAGAAGCCUAAAGUCAAGAAGCCUGCUGCAGCUAAGAAGCCUAAAGUCAAGAAGCCUGCUGCAGAGAAGAAGCCUAAAGUCAAGAAGCCUGCUGCAGCGAAGAAGCCUAAAGUCAAGAAGCCUGCUGCAAAAAAAUAGUUAAAUAAAGAUAUAAAACAUAAGAGCACCAGGUGCAUAAGUUUUAGGCAUAUUGCCUUUAAAACAUUCAAAGCACCAUAUACAGUGGGGCAAAAAAAAGUAUUUAGUCAGCCACCAAUUGUGCAAGUUCUCCCACUUAAA